UGCCCUUCCCUGCCAUCCUGUGUCUCCCCAGGAUCCUGCAUCCCCUGCAACAGGCAGAGGCCUCCUGCUUUUCCUCCUGCAGUUGUUGUCAGUGCAUUGGAAGGAAAAGAUUGUAAAGAAUCUGUCAGGGCGAUUGCAGAGAGCACUGAUCUAUCAGAAGAGAAGCUCACUUCGCUCAUCUCUGGCAUGUAUACUCUUCUCAGAGAGGCCCUGCGGCUUCCUGUAUCAACUUUCAAGCAAGAAGUUUUUAAGGAAGAUCUGCAGAAUCUUAGGAUACCAGAAGAGUUCAUCAUGGACUUCGUCAGUGUAGUCUUUGGUAACAGGCGUCCUGUUGUUGAUGCCAGUUCUAUGAAACACGGAAACAGGUUGCCAAGUGUUAAUGACAUGAAAUGGAGAGUGGAUGUGGCUAUAUCCACAAGUUCAUUGGCCCGUGCAUUGCAACCAUCCAUUUUAAUGUUGCUGAAGCUUUCAGAUGGAACAGCUCAUCGCUUUGAAGUGCCAGUUGCAAAGUUUCAAGAAUUAAGGUACAACGUUGCCCUGAUAUUGAAAGAAAUGAAUGAUCUGGAGAAAAGAAGCAUUCUGAAAAUCCAAGACUGAAACUUCCAAACUGAAUUAAUGGAACUGGCUGGAAAAUCUGAAAGAGACUUGUAGAAGGCCAAAUAAAGAACCAGCACCGUUUUGCAUGCGUCAGUAUUGUAACAUCACAUUUCUAACAUCUGCUGUAAAUAUUUUUCAAUUAAAAUGUUAAAAGCC